UGCAACCCGGCACCGGCAGUGGGAGCGGCACGGCGAAAGCUUUUGGCGAUGCAGGCGCGCGCGCUUCCCCCGUGCCUGCCGGGCGCCGGGCUCUCAGCCGGCACCGUCGGCAAGAGGGCUCCCGCGGUCCGCGUCCGAGCCGUCGACGGGCCUUCCGCGGCAGCCGCCGUCGCGGACCUCCCGCCGGCGGAGAUCACCUGGCAGAUCGUCGUCGGCGCCGUAGCUGGAGUGACGCCCUUCGUCGUUGCAGGCGUCGAGUUCGGCAAAAGAAUUAUUCAGCAAAAGAAAUGCGAGGUCUGCGGAGGGUCUGGCCUUGUGAUGAAGAACGAUCUGUAUGUCCGAUGCCAAGGGUGUGGUGGUUUUCUGCCAUGGCAAUCGUGGAGGAGAUUCUUCAAAGGCUGAGAAUCAUCAUCUGGCACCUCGGUCGUAUGGGCAAAGGUGGAAUUUCUGGUACUAGUAUAAGGGGAGACUGUAAGUGGGUCGACAGCGUUUAAUCGCGUUUUCACUCAACCGGCGAAGUAUACUUCAGACUGUAGAGUUUCUCAUGCAUAUAGUUUGUACUACAUCUGUCCGUAAAAGGAUGUCCUAUGUUAUUUCUCUGAAGUUGGAUGUAUGUAGACAAAUCUAGGAAUGACUUAACAGAUCACAGAAGUGUAUCCUGUUGAGUCAAAUUGGGCGUCCUGCAAUGACUAACGGCGCAAAGAAAUAUAGUGCUAUUCUGGUAACUGGCAUUGAGCUUA